CUGAUUUUCAUUUUAUUUAUUUAUUUAAAUAUAGUUCAUAAAAAUAUACUUUUGUUUCGUAGGGUGUACUCACUUUUGUUACAAGAAAGGCCGACCGGAUCAUUUCUCAGAUCCUCUGGCCCUCUCUGGGAGAAAAGUACAGAAGUGAGCCGUCUGUUCAAAGUUCAAGCCCCUCGUUCACAGUUUUAUAUUUGCAACUAUAGUAUAUUGCACUCGAGGAGAUUUAAUAUGUACUACAAAUACGAUUCGCUUUGAUGCGUGUGCCUCAUUUUAGGAUUCAUCACAACACAUAAACACAUACUUUAAUAUUUGAUUUUAGACGUUUACGUUAAUGAUGUCAUUCGUCCCCUGUUUUGGCAAUUCAUCCGUAACAACAAAGCUACAAGUAGGCAGCAUCCCGAACAAAAACGUGAUAUCAAUUGAUACACCGAACGUUGCACGAAGGCCUACGCUUACACAAACUCGCCAGCGGUCUCUCCGAGGCGACCCAUCCAGACGUUUCAAGAACGAGAAGAUACUACAACGUGGCUCAACAUCUGUGGUGUCGAAAUGUACCGAUCUAGUUAUGCGUAAGCAGAUUGCUCUGAAGAAGGUAAAAUGGCCGUUCUUGUCCCAGAUAAAACGCGAAUUCGACAUACAAAAAACUGUAAGCGAGCACCCUAAUAUAGCCGGAGUUGCGAAUAUGUUGAAGGACUUCGAUAAUCGCGAGGUUUACAUCUUGAUGGAGCUUUUAGACGGCGGUGACUUGGUUGAGGUGGUCACCAGGAAACGAGAAGGGAUGAAUGCACAGGUUUUUGUUUCAUAUGCGAGACAAUUAGCGAGUGGGCUUUUACACAUGCAUUCAAAGGGUGUCGUUCAUAGAGAUAUCAAGCCUGACAACAUCUGCUCGGACACAACCAAUGGAUCCAUGAAGUUUGUUGACUUUGGGGAUGCUGCGUACGUCGACGAAACCAUCAAGAAGUACAUGAUAGGUACAAUGCAAUACAUCGCGCCCGAAUUGAUUGUAGCACAGCAAAUGCAUGAUUCCUGGGGUGACCAGGUUCUAAAUGUGGACUUAAAGGCGUGUGACGUUUGGUCAUUGGGCGUCACAUUUUAUUCCAUGCUCUCGCGCAAAUUGCCAUUCAAAGAAGCAUCUUUGAAGGAUACGAAUUACUCGAUAUAUCAGCACGACAAUAGGAAUCUUGGCACCCAGAAAGUGUGGGCCACGUUUGAUCCCGAAAUGCGGACGCUUUUAAGAAAUAUGCUUCAGAUCGAUCCUAGAAAACGAUGGAGAAUUGGUCAGGUGGUUGAAUACUUGAUUAAAUGGCAGAAUAAGAUAAACCCUUAAUAAAUUGUAAAAAUGAAAAAGAAGAGAAC